AUGGACGAGAAGGGGUGUCAGCGAGGAGGGGGGCGGAAACUGCAGAAAACAAAGUACUUUGUGCCCAGAGGACGACGACCGCGAUACAAGCUUCGAAGCGCAAAUCUCGAGCUGUUCACCCUCAUCGAGUGCAUAUCAGCCGAUGGGAAGUCAAUUCCUCCAGGUUUCGUCUUUGCAGGGAAGGAGUUCAUGCCGGAGUGGUUUGUGGAUGACAUUUCUGUCGCCACGUCCGAGACUGGUUGGACGGACGACUUCUUGUGCGCUGAGUGGUUCAAGAAGUCGUUCAUCCCGUCUGCGACCAAACAUAGAGUAUCCGACGCACCAAUUCUUCUCAUC